AUGGCGCCUAAUUUCUUCCACUACUUCUUGUCUUCGUGGGUCCGAGCUAGGGAGGAAGGUCUCGAGUUUGGCCUCGGGGAGUUAAAGCAGUUGUUUGCUAUUAAGCAGAACAGUGGCUUCCCUGGCACGAUGAUUCUCGCUCCUCGACCCGGCCGUUUUAUUAUUGAUGGUAUCCCUAACAGGGAUCACCGGUGGAGAGAGAAGUUUUUCGUCUUCAAGAUUAACCCGGCGUCGGUCGAGCCCUUCGGUCCUGCACCUAUGACUCCUGAGCUUCGUGGACUAAUCACCACACUGCUGCGAGGUAACCCUCGGAGCGAGGGAGAAGGAGCCGCUACCCGAUCAUCCUACGAGUCCUAUGAAGUCGGGUCGUUGGAACGAGCUCAGAAAGCUCGGCGCGGACCGAUUCUUAAAUCGGGGUCGCAGGCUCAGUCUCCUGGCCUUAUGGCUAGGCCGGUGUCGAUCGCCGCUCUUGUUGGUGGGGCCCGAAGGACGCCGAACACUUCAGCCGAUUCUGUCGGUGGUCGAGCUCUUAAUGACGCCGUCGAUUCAUCGACUCACCGACGCCGACGUCGAGCUCUAGAGGAGGUCAACUGUGUGAGUUCGAAUUCACCGAGCUUGGGGCUUCCUCCGCCGUUGCGGGCUUCUGGUGAAGGUACUUCUCAGGUUGACCCUAGUGCUCAUCUUCCGGAUGUGCAUGAGACUUCUUCAUGGAGAUUUUUGUACGAUAACAACGUACCGAUCCUCGAGAAUCCCGAGCAUCUCGCCUUGAUCUGGCAUAAGAUCCGAGAGAAGGGAUGCGAGCUUCCUUCUUUUGGGGAUAUGCGAGAACAUGACGCUUACGUUCGGAUGGCGGUCGCGAAUGAUAAGGCUAUGGAUGCGAGCAAUGAAUAUGCCGCUUUGAUGGAGAGGCGUCUGGCUGACUUUCCGAGCAAAAAGGAGGCCGGGAGUCAUCUUCUCACAAUUCAGAAACUUCGAGGUGAGUUGGAGGCCGUUCAAGUGACGGAGCAACAGCGUGAAGUCGACAUUGAGGGAUUAAAGGGGAAGUUGGCUGCUGCUGAGACGGAGAAGGUCGCUGUUCAGAACGACCUCGACUUGAUGAAAGAAAAGCAUAGGCGGGAGAUAGAAGGUUGUGACGCGACAGGUCGGAAGGAGUGCAAUCUUGCUCGUCUUUCUCUUGCUCGAGAGUAUGACGCGGUUCUGGCCGUGGUGAAGGAUAAGCUUCAGAAAAAAAAGAAGAAAACGGCUGCGGAGAUUCGUUUGCAGGAGGUGCGAGCUCGUAUUGAGGCUUUGACCGAGUGCAUCGAAGGUGGUUUUGAGCUCGAGGAGGAGUUGGAGCGUCUUAAGGACCAGGAGAUCUCUCUCGAUGUUGAUUAUGGUCUUGCUUCGGGGUCGGAUUCUUCCCUUAGUCGCCUCGAACAUCCUGAGGUUUCUGGUGACUCGAUCGAUCAAGACUGA